UCUUAGUUUUAUAAACCUUAAAACCGCAGUGAUUAUGGGAAUUAAUGGCUUAUGGGGGGUGCUCACUCCAUUCAGUGAAAAGAAAUCUCUUCACGAGAUUAGAGGAGAAACAAUAGCAGUAGAUUUGUCGGGCUGGGUUUGUGAUAGUCAGAAUGUGACGGACUAUUAUGUUCAGCCCAAAUUGUAUUUGAGAAACCUUUUUUUCCGUACAAUGUACUUAUUACUGGCUGAUAUAAAGCCAAUUUUUGUAUUGGAAGGGGAUGCCCCAGAGCUGAAACGAGAUGUGAUGGCUGCCAGAAAUGCUAUACAGUUCCGAGGAGCAGCUCCAAGGACUGAGACAGCUGCAGCUGUUAGCAAAAGACCAGAUGUGGGACGGAAAAGGUUUCGCAAUGUUCUUAAAGAGUGUGAAUCAUUACUGAAGAGUAUGGGUGUGAUCUGCAUAAAAGGCCAGGGAGAGGCUGAGGCAACUUGCGCCCAACUCAAUGCCCAAGGGCUAGUAGACGCGGUGGUGUCGCAAGACUCGGACUGCUUCGCGUACGGCGCUCACCGCGUGUACCGGAACUUCAGCGUGUCCAGCUCGGCCGGCGGCGGCGCCAUGCAGGGCUCCGUCGACUGUUACGAUGCCAGGAAGAUGUAUGAGCAGAAUGGCUUCGGUCGCAACAAGAUGGUGGCGCUGGCCAUCCUGUGCGGCUGCGACUACGGCGCGGGUGCGUGCGGCUCCUCCAAGGUCACCGUGCUGUCUUUCCUAGAGACUGUAUCUGAAGAGGAAGUCAUUGACAGGCUACUCUCCUGGGUCAUAGACCCGGACCGCUACUCUGCCCAGGAGCGCUGGCUGGGCGUGCCGGGGCGCUGCGACCGCUGCGGGCACGCGGGCCGCUCGCACGCGCGCCUCGGCUGCCCCGCGUGCGCCACCAGCCGCGCCUGCCUCCACACUGGACACAAGACAAAAGUGGCUGAAGUGAAACGGGAACUGGCAUUGCGUAACCGAGCCCUGAAUUGCGGGGCUCCCUUCCCUGAGCCUAAAGUUAUGAAGGAAUUCCUAAACACGCCUGCGGAGAAAAUCAGUUUGGAUAACUUGAAGACUUCACCGCCCAGCCUCGUUCAGUUUAUGAAACUGAUGACUAGUAAGUUGGAUUGGUCGCAGCGCUACUGCGUGGAGAAAUUUCUGCCGCUGCUCACCAAAACCCACCUACAAGAGCACGUCCCGUGUAGAACACUCAAACCUGUCCGGAUCAACAAAAAAAGAACACCGAGAGGUGUACCAAGCUUUGAAAUAGUGUGGGAGGACACUGACGGGCAAUACGAAGGGUUGAUACCUGAUGAUCAAUUUGAUGAUGACGAAGAUCAUAAGCUUCCUUGGACCACAACAGAAAGACAAGAUCUCGUGAGAAAAUUUUAUCCGAAACUGGUAGAAGAUUUUGAAGAGUUAACUAAAAAGCCCGUCGUAGAAAAGAAAACUCGAGGCAGAAAGAAGAAAGAAGUCAAUGAAAAUGAACCAGACAAACCAAAACGGAAGUACAAUAGGAAAGUAAAAAAACUUAUCGAUACCGAUAUGGUUAAUUUAAGCAACUCUAUGAACAGAAUGAAUGUAAGCGAAAAAACAAAUGACGUAAAUACUAGCAAAGCUAAUGUGAGCGUAAAAGUAAAUAAACUAAAGAGAAAAAUCAAAAAUACAAAAUCGAAAAAUCAAAAAACUAUCGACAGUUUUAUUCAAAAUAAAAGAAGAAAGUCUAAGAAGUUAAUGGAAUCACUGAAAUAUAGCUUUAGGGAUAUUAUGUGCGAGGCUGACGUGGAGUUUGAUAUGAUUAACAAUUAUGAAAAUAAAAAAUAUGAUAGUGACAAAGAAAAUAGCAAAGCCACAAUCAAUCUUGACGACGGUAAAGAUAAUCAAAUAAUUAAUAAACCAUCAAUGAGUAUUUUAAAUUUAAGUGAAGAUGACAUAAAUGAAAGUGAGUUAUCAGAUAUUGUUGAUAAAAUUGUGGCAAGUGGUACCAGGAGUAAAACGGCAACCGUUGACAAUAAUCUAGUAAAACUUAUUUUCGCAACCAAAACCAUAACUCCUCGUAAAUCUGGGUUUAGAAAAAGCAUUUUGAGUCAAAUUCAUAAUAAUUGCUCAACGCCCAGAGAAAGUCCUGUUAGAAGAAAGAGUGUACCGUAUCAAAUAAACGCAUCUAGUAACUCAGAGAAGUCCAGAGUAAAUACAAGUCAUUUCUUUGAUAAAUUGACAAACGGCUGCGAUGCGUUUGAACUGUCUUUAAAUUAUGACAAGGAAAUAGCUACCAACUCCGAUAGUGAACAAACUUUAGACUAUAGUUUAGAAAGCGUUCAUCUCUAAUAACCUGUAAUUUGAUAUAUUAAAUAAACAUUUACCUAAAUUUUA